AUGCUAUCAGGAGGAUUACAACUUUCAGAUGAUGCUCCACUCGGACUUUCCGUUGGUGGUAGUAAAGAUAUAAAUAUUUUUCGUCAAAAUAUUCGCAAUAAAUAUUUACCAGUUGUUACAGAUUUAACAUAUGAAGGUUUAUUCUAUGAUUAUUUUUUUGAUACUCGUAAUAGUGAUAAUAAUCAAUCUGUAUGUGAAAAUUUAUUUUGUCCAACAUAUUCGAUGGCCACCGUGUAUAAUAAUUCAUUUUCAGAACCAAAUCAAGAAUCGUGCGAAUAUUAUAUGAGUGUUGGUUUUAAUUCUAAUCUACGUACAAAUACAUUUAAACGAAAUCCAUUAAAUUUAGUUAUUGUUAUCGAUGUAAGUGGAUCAAUGUCAGCAUCAUUUAAUCGUUAUUAUUAUGAUCGUCCAUUAGUUAACAAAAGUAAUGAUGAAUCACGAUCAAAAAUUCAAAUUACACUAGAUGUUGUAAUAAAAAUUUUAAAUCAUUUAAAAACAGUUGAUCGUUUAGCUAUUGUUACAUUUAAUACAGAUGCUAAAAUAUUUCAAAAAUUUAUACAAUUAAAAGAUAUUAAUAUUGAAAUAUUAAAAAAACAAUUAUUAAAAAUUCAAGCAGAUGGUGGUACAGAUAUGAGUGCUGGUAUUUGUACUAGUGAAUCAUUAUUUACUCCACUAUUAUUAACAGAUGAUUAUGAUAAUCGUAUUAUAUUUUUGACCGAUGCUCAACCAAAUACCGGUCAAUUAAGUGAAGAAUCUUUUAUAUCCAGUAUUGAACAAUUGGCACAUCGACAUAUUUAUAUGACAUUUAUUGGUAUUGGUAUUGAUUUUAAUACAAAAUUAAUAUCAUUGAUAACUAGACAACGUGGUGCUAAUUUUUUUUCUGUUAGUAAUUCAAAAUCUUUUAUACAAUUGUUAGAUACUGAUUUUGAUUUAAUUAUAACACCAUUAGUAUUUAAUUUAAUAUUAAAAUUUGAAUCAAAUCAAUUUGAAAUUGAUCAUGUUUAUGGUUCACCAGAAUAUGAACAAUCAACAAAUGAAAUAAUGAAAAUAAGUACAUUAUUUCCAUCGAGAAGAAAAGAUAAUGAAACACGUGGUGGUAUUGUUCUUAUUAAAUUAAAGAAGAAGAAAAAUCAAUCGAAUUUAAAUAUAUCUGAUAUACGUUUAACCGUAACAUAUGAAGAUCGUUUAAAUAAAAUAUAUGAAGAAAAACGAUCAGUUGAUAUUAUAAAUGAUCAACAAUGUUCAACAAAUUAUUAUUCGAAUACAGGUAUAAGAAAAGGAAUAUUAUUAAUUAAUUAUGUUACAUUAUUGAAGCAAUGGAUUGUUAAUGAACGUCAACAUAAUAUUAAUCGUAAACCUAUAACAAUAACAUUCAAUUAUAUUGAUAAAAAGCUUUUAUUUCCACAUACAUUAAGUGAAUGGGAACGACAAUCAUCACCAUUAGUAGUAUCUGAUAUUUAUCAACAGUUAUUUAAAAAAUUUUUGGAUUAUUUUCAAACAGAAAUGUUAGAAGUGAACGAUCCAGAUUUGAAACAAGAGGUCGAUUUAUUGAAGUUAUUAAUUGAAUAUAAAAAGUAA